ACCGGCGCCAAGCGGGAGCGCGGGAGCUGGGGGGGGGGAGCAGGGCUGAUCAUCCGCGCGCGGCCUGGAGACAAUGGACGCGGUGGGCCCGAGUCGCCGCCGGGCGCGGGUGUCCCGCCUGGUCUCCUUCAGCGCCAGCCACCGCCUGCACAGGAGCCCGGGCCAGAGGCUGCACCUGCGCUGGGACCGCUCUCGGGGCGUGGCCUCUACUGGGGAGGCCAUCAUGGAGCCCCUCGAUCACAAGAACCUGGACCUGGACGUGGCGUACUUUGCGGACACUGUAAGCACAACCGAAAAUGUGGCUGUGUUCAUCUGGGAAAAUCUCCAGAAAUUGCUUCCUGAGGGAGCUCUUUAUAAGGUCAAAGUGUAUGAAACUGACAACAACAUUGUAGUCUAUAAGGGAGAAUAGUGUGUGUGUGUGUGUGUGUGUGUGUGUGUGUGUGUGGUGUUACUGCUGUCAGAAGACUGAUUUUUUUUUUAAUACUGGGGAAAGAUCUUUAGUCCCUGAGAACAUUAAGUAAACAAUCUCCGGUGCCUUCGCCUCGUGUUCUGGAGUGUCUGUCUACUGAAAUACUUCUAAGAACUGUUGGAAAUGUACAGCUGUUAUACCAUCAAGCUUGACACGUACUCUGAAGAUGUAUCUGCAGCUGGGGAGGGGACCCUGGCCUUGCACUCACUCAUGCGAUGCGUGCUCUCCGCCCUCCCCGGGGCGUACCCUGGCCCUUCUGCAUGCCACUUGGGGUCUUUUGUCUGUAAAUCAAACAUGAUGUUAUUCCAGCCAAAUGUCUUGAUAUGAGAUUAUCGGAAAGCAGAAGAAAUCUAUCUGUGUUGCAUUCUCUGUCAUCCCCCCUUUUUAGCAUUUUUUCCCCCCUUGGUAUAAGUGGAAAAAAAUGUUUCCCUUUAAAUCUUAUAAAAAAAAUAAA